GGAAGGCGUGGCGGCGGCCGGUGGGAGUCUGAACACUGGAGGGGGGAGGCUCAACUGUCAGUCGGAGCUCCGAGCGGCUGCAGGGAGUAAACAAGCGAGCGGAUCGGACCGCAGACCCACGGAACAGCUGAUUUCACUUCAGUGUGUGGCGGUGAAACAUAGCCAGCAUGUCCCAGCAGGCAGUGAACGGGGUCCCGUGCCGGGGGAAGGUGCUGACCGUGGACAACAUGAACCCCAACGUGAAGCGGGUCGAGUACGCGGUCCGGGGACCCAUCGUGCAGCGGGCCGUGCAGAUAGAGAAGGAGCUCCGGGAGGGAGUCAAGAAACCCUUCACAGAAGUCAUCAAGGCAAACAUCGGUGAUGCCCACGCCAUGGGCCAGAAACCAAUUACAUUUCUCAGACAGGUCUUGGCUCUGUGCUCUUACCCUGAACUUAUGGAGGACAACAAGUUUCCAGAGGAUGCCAAGAAAAGAGCACAACGUAUCCUUGGGGCGUGCGGAGGCCACAGCAUAGGGGCCUACAGUGCGAGUCAGGGAAUCGAGUGCAUCCGCCAGGAUGUGGCGCGUUACAUAGAGAAGAGAGACGGUGGCAUCCCCUCCAACCCUGACAACAUCUACCUCUCCACUGGGGCCAGUGAUGCUAUUGUGACCAUGUUGAAGCUGCUGGUGUGCGGUGAGGGUCGUGACCGUACAGGAGUGAUGAUCUCCAUCCCCCAGUAUCCUCUGUACUCAGCCGCCCUGGCGGACCUCGGUGCUGUGCAGAUCAGUUACUACCUGGACGAGGAGAAGUGCUGGAGUCUAGAUGUUGCAGAGCUCAGGAGAGCCCUGAAUGCAGCGAGGCAGCACUGCAAUCCUCGUGUCCUGUGCAUCAUCAACCCCGGAAACCCCACUGGUCAGGUCCAGAGCAGACAGUGCAUUGAAGACGUGAUCCGAUUUGCUAAAGAGGAGCAUCUCUUCCUCAUGGCUGAUGAAGUCUACCAGGAUAACGUGUAUGCAGAGGGCUGCAAGUUUCACUCAUUUAAGAAAGUGUUGUUUGAGAUGGGACCAGAGUAUUCCAGCACAGUGGAGAUGGCCUCAUUCCACUCCACCUCCAAAUGCUACAUGGGAGAGUGUGGAUUCCGUGGCGGUUACAUGGAGGUGAUCAACAUGGACCCCGAGGUGAAGACCCAGCUCACCAAACUGGUGUCGGUGCGUCUGUGCCCCCCUGUCCCGGGCCAGGCUCUCCUGGACCUGGUGGUGAACCCCCCGCAGCCCGAUGAGCCCUCCUACGCCACCUUUAUGAAGGAGCGGACAGCUGUGUUGUCAGCUUUGGCAGAAAAGGCCCGGCUAACAGAGCAGAUCUUCAACGCUGUACCUGGUAUCACCUGCAACCCGGUCCAGGGGGCCAUGUACACUUUCCCCCGCAUCACUUUGCCUCAAAAGGCCAUCGACAAGGCCAAGGAGGAAGGUAAAGUCCCUGACAUGUACUACUGUAUGAGGCUGCUGGAGGAAGAGGGAAUCUGCCUGGUACCAGGGAGUGGCUUCGGCCAGAGAGAGGGAACCUUCCACUUCAGGAUGACAAUCUUGCCUCCAACCGAGAAGCUGAAGGUGGUGCUGCAGAAAAUUCGAGACUUCCACUUGCGCUUCACGCAAGAGUUCUCCUAAUGGUCCUCCGUCUUUGAAGAAUCACCUCCUUCAGUGCCAGUAUCUAAGUGCCUUCACAUGAAAGAGGCAGCAGCCUUUGAGCAGAAUCCAUCUUUCAGCUCAUGGACCGUCUUCACAGUUAAUCAGACGUUCAUAGCUCUAAUUCACCGUUCGGAACAUUUCUUCGUUCAGCAAGUGAAAACACCUGCAGUCACAUUUCCUGCUCCUAUAGCAUGUCGAUGAGUUUCAGUACAUGAUGCACUUUAAGAUUUACCCAGCCAGGUCUGUAAUGUUCAAAAAGAUGUUAUUGAAUGCUCUGUGUGUAGAGUUGGAGAUGUUUUAUCCCUCAUCACAUCACAGAUGCUGCUACAGGUGCAUCGCUCUGCUGCCAAGUAGUUCUACAUGUCAGUUUAAUAACAUGUUAGGUGAUUACUUGAUUAAUUUAAUUGGCUGUGGAUGAUGCACCGGAUUGGGAAGUACUGUCUGCGCAGUGUUUUUCAAAGCCUGUCUCAGAAUGUAGCCAUUUGUUUUACUAAUGUUUCAAUUGUUCUUAAAUGUGAUUAAAGCAAAAACUGUUCUCUGAA